AUGGCCUCGGCGGCGGGAAAUGACGUUUUGAAAAAAACCAUAGCAACUUAUCACCAAGCGAUCGCAAGGGCGAAUAUGCGAGGUGCACUAAACAUGUACAAUAAGAUUGUCGGCUUGUGUAUCCUCAAAUCGGAUGACACCACAAUAAUUAAAAUUGCACAUGAUUGUUUUGUAUACCUAUCGCCGGAAAUGAGAUACGAGAAUCUGAUCAAUGUCUACGAGGGACGACGCCUCAGCGAUGUGGCACUAUAUUUUCUACUCGAGCAGAUUCGAAAACGGAGAUAUAUUCAGUCGUUUGCACCGUCGAGGACACUCCUAACACCACACAGAAGACGUCAGUUGGCGAAGACGAUGAAACCGGAACCCCGUGUCUUCGCGUUCGGCGCCAACACCAACCACUGUCUGGGAAUCGACACCGCGAGCGGCUGGUACAUCAACACUCCAAACGAACUGGUUGUACCACCUGUGUACAAAAUGAAAAUGUCAUCGACGCAUUCUGUAUUCUGGUGUCAUGAUGGCAACUUCUAUGGAUGUGGAGAAGCGAAAAACUUCAUGAUUGGACCCACGCUAAGCGAAACUAUUCGGCAGCCAAUGCCUCUGGACUUGCAGUUUCGUCUAGAUGAGUAUUCAUGUGGAUUCAAAGUUCUUGAGCACGGAACCUUGAUUGAGUCAAACAUUCAAAUGUACUUCAUUGGAGAUUUCGAAGCAUCAAAAGAAUACAUUGCAACCAUCCACGACGGAGAGUUCAAACAAUUGUACAAUCACAACAACCGCCUGUUUGUUUGUGAUACAUUUCCCGAACUUCCAAUCACAAAUGAUAAAUUGGACGAUCCAAAAAACGUGGUAGAGAUCAAGAUUCUUGGCCAGACAUAUGUGUUAAAGGUUUAUCCGGGAUACUGGACGGAGUUGAACCCAAAUCAUGAGAAACGAAGGCCGGUGUGUUAUUUGUUAGAUGGUCAGGAAGUCACGGAUAUUCGGAUAGAAAAUAUCGCUAGUUCCACAAUUUGGGUUGUUCACGAGUUUGCACUUUAUUUCGGGAAAAUGCACAUGAUGUGGAAGGAGGAGAAUGACGAUGAUGAGAGGAAUCUGGAUAAUUAUGUGCUGUUGAUAGAGCUACAGGAGUACCACACACCGACACCGUUCGUUGCCACUGGAGUGGUUACCAACAAUAGCGAUAGUGUUUUGAUGAAGUGUGGCGACUACCCAUGUCUCAGCAUUGACCAUCUCGAUAUGGCCGAGCGCCGGAAUCGUGGAAAAGUUCACAGAAUGAUGUUUGAAACUGUGGAGAAGUACAUGCAAGAUGGUGCUAAUUAUGAGCAAUACUUGGUUUGCAAGCGUCGACCGUUAAAAGAGCACAACGUAGAUUAUUUGAUAGCUGAAGCUGAGGCGGCACUGGAAACUGGUCAGCUGUCCAAGCCAUUGGAAAUGGAUUGGAUGGGAAGACUAGAAGACCAUUGUCGGUAUGCCAACUUCUUCUCAUUUCUCUGCUAUGCUGCCAGACCGCGAAUUGGGACUCGUAUACCAAAAUGCUUUGAUAUGGAUAUCGAUACAAUGACAGAAAGUCGAAGUUUUGAAAAAAUCGCCAAAUUCAGAAUGAAGGCCUUAUUCGAGGAGUUUGAGCGAGUCAACUAUCCGGGAACAUCUGUUUGGAAGCCAACUGAGUUUCUGGUGUCUUAUGCAGAACCCGAAGAUGAUGAAUCGACAGAAGGUCAAUACGGCGCGGCAGCGGUUCGAUGGAGUGUUCAGGAGUUUAUCGAAGAGUUGAGGAAGUAUAAGAAUCAUGCGAAUUAUUGUGAAACGGACGCCGUCAAUUGGUACAUUAUGGAUUACUUGAUCAACACAAUUUGGUAUGCCCAAGAUAUGUACACUGUCAUACGCCACGAACUGGGUUUCGCGAUGGACAACCCACUUGUCUUAUUUCUACAAUACGUCAAUCAGGAAACACUCGAUGGAGCAGAACUAGUGUUCCCUUCUCUGGAUCCUAAAAAAGUCUUUGAAACUCGCAUGGAAACGAAUCCUCAUACUGUGCUGGACGAUCCUUUGAACAUUGUGAUGCACUACUCACUAAAAUAUCGUGACCUGAAUCUAGACGACGCUUACUAUAGACUCACCACCUCUGCGACUUUCUUGAGAGCUCAGAAUCCGAUUCUUUUGCAGUACGUUGACGAGGGCGGGAAUUUGAAUUUGAAUGAUGUGUAUCCGGAUGAUGAGCGACUGCAACGGUUGAUUGUACAAACUCAUUUCAUCGGGCACGGUGUGACGGAUCUGGAUGGCUGUGAGGAAUACUACGAGACGUUUACUGCGCUGGGUUAUCAGUUGGUUCAUACACAGAAGUAUAUGCACCGUGAUGGCUAUCGCUACCGUGGAUACCUACUCCCGAUUCCGAACUUUCCUACGAUCCCAUUGGUUUCCAUGACACCAACCGCCACAACCAACUAUCAAAUUGCUUCCAACGAGGGUAAUGUGGUGUUUAUCAAUUCGGAUCUUCGAAAGAUCUACUCAUCCCAUGGCUUCCAUCACCCGCUACCGAACACACUUCCAGCCUACUUGUUGUAUAAUGCGAUACGGGGUCUUUAUGAUAGACGGGCGGUUGAGAACUUGCCGAUUAUUGAGAGACUAGCUCUGGUCGACUGGUACUUUGAAGCAAAAAUGCUCCAAGCUCAAUUAGAUAUGAUGAAGCAGAUUACGAUGGAUGUUACCACUCGCGACGUUGCACACAUUCGACGCCUCGUCGAGUGCUACCCUGUCUAUAUGCAUCGAAUCAUUGCUCAACACCGUCCGGCAAUGCUCCUCUGGCCACGAGUACCACUUCCAAACCCCAUGUGUCAACAUGUUAAAAUAAUCAUUGAAAUGUGGCCAAAAAACGAGUUCGAGAGACGUCCACGCCUUCCAAAAAUUACUGUAGUCAACAAAAAUGGAACCAAAGAGAAGACCGUGUUCCGUCAAGUCUCGAAUCGUGAAUGGAGAAAGCAUUACACAUGUGUUGAGGAGCACCAAACGCCACGUUUCUCUGCUUUCUUUUCGGCAGACUUCCCCCUUCCAUACAACUACCGCCCCUACCGACCCGUCAAUGGUACCAUUGCACAUCCAACUGUCACUUCUGCUGGUCCUCAGCCUCCUGAAAGAAGACGUCUGCCGCCUGUGGCUCCAACCAUUGUUACUUCAGCGGCUCCGCCUCCCGCUGCUCCAGUAACCGCGGCUCCAGUUCAGCCAGCUCCCAAACCAGCGCCAGCUCCAGAACCAACUGUGGAGGAUAAAAUGAGACUCAUCAUGGAACGAUUCUCGGAGAAGCGUGGUAUGAAUGGGAGACGAGGCCGCAAAAGUGAUGUUUUUCAUUUUUACAUUUUCUUUUUUAAAACACAUCCAUACUCUUAUUCUAAAUUGCUUAUUUUUCUCGCUUCAAUUCUUUGCUGUGCAUAA